AUUAUGAUUCCCAGUUCCAUUUUUGUUGGCUAUGAAGCCAACUCGGUUACCGCCCCUUUAUUAUUAUGAAUAUGACUAAGUGUUAUAUAAGACAAUCACCUGUCAAUCACUAUAGAUUUACUGUUAUACAUGUAUAUAUAAACUGCAGAAUUGGGAUUUUUUGUGUGUUGCAAGUAGAAAACCUGAGAUAACAGAUAGUGUGGUGGGAUAUGGGAAACUUUGAAGACUGACGUCUGCCAAUCUAACGCAGACACAGUGCGAACAAGAGCAUCAAGUUAGUGAUAAUAGAGAGAGAGGGAGAGAGAGAUAUAUCGGAAAUCGUCUGCUCGUGUGGACAGAGAUCGUCUGCGUGUGAAAGCGGUUCGCGGGAAUCAUGGGGAUCCGAGCCGAGCUUCAUCUGAAGAACUUCGGGUUGGACUACGAUCAGCCCGUCAAGUUUGUCACUUCACAGUGGGGCCAUGGUACAUUUUACACACUGUGGCGAGUGUUCUGGGCGAUAUUCCACUCGGUCUGGGUCGUGGCCAGUCUCUGGGUGACGUCAGACGUGACGACAACAUCAUCAGACGCAGCCAAGUGGUUCAUCUACCUCAGCAACUGGACAUAUCUGACCUUGACCUUGGAAACAUGCACGGAAGCGGUAGUUCUGAUUUGGACUAUGACUAAAAGGAAAGAUAUAAUUUCAGGAACCGCGAACGACAUGCCCUGGUAUUUUAAAAUGCAGUGGCUCCUGUACACUAUCGUCACAUCCGGGAGUUUCCACAUCAGCGCUUUUUAUUGGCUCAUUAUUUUUAAAGAUCAAACCCUCACACCUGUACGGGUUGCCAUCCACGGAAUCAACUCCAUCUACGUGUUCCUUAAUAUACUGAUAACCGCAACGCCGUUACGCCUCUAUCACUUUAUCUACCCGGUCGCGUAUGGAACGGUCUACACGCUGUUCACCGUCGUCUACUUCUGCGCUGACGGAACCAACUUGGCGGGGGAGCCUUACAUAUACCGCGUGCUAAAGUGGGAUCAUCUUAAAUCAACAUUGCCAAUAGUAUGCAUCAGCACCUUUGUUGUUUUGCCAUUCGAACAUUGUUUCGUGUUUUUACUCUACAAGCUAAGGACGUUCUGUCAUAAGAAACAGAGAACAAAGGAAGGCAAGGAGAAACACGUUGAAGCAAAUUGCAAUGCGCAGUCACAGGUAUUGGAGAAGGAUACGGAAGAUGUUUAGUGUUCGGUUUGAUCAUAACUGACUUUACAGCCUGUGUAACAAAACGUAAUUAGUCUGUGAGAUGGGGUGUGUCAAAGAAUUGCUUUCUUUCUA